CCGGGUACCGGAAGUAGUUGCAGCAGCGACCGGAAGUUCAGUGUGAAGACAGGAACAACAAAGAGGAGAAAGCGCCCGGGUUUUAAACCUACUUUAGAAGACACACCUCAACACAAAAUCAAAGAAAGUAGCUGUCGAUCACAGUAGGACAAAAGAAUUUGGUUUGCAUGUGAGGACAAGUGUCAGCCAAGCCAACCAUGGCGAACAAUGCAGAGGAUAUCGAAAACAACAUGAACCAGCAGGAGACCAGUGUGGCCUCUGAAACCCCCCAGCAGCCCCAGGAGGCUACGGGGACCCGAGCCCGGCCCAGAGGAGGCUCAGGGGGUGGAGGAGGAGGAGGAGGAGCGGGGGGUGAAGGAGGAGGUAAUGGCAGCGGGCCGGAGCAGAACGGGCAGCCCCCCGCCGCUCGGCCCCCCCGUGUGGUGGAGGCUGAGGAGGACGAGGACGAAGAGUUGACCUUGAAAUACGGCGCCAAGCACGUCAUCAUGCUGUUCGUGCCCGUGACCCUCUGCAUGGUGGUCGUCGUGGCAACCAUAAAGUCGGUCAGCUUCUACACCCAGAACGACGGGCAGAGAUUGAUCUACACGCCGUUCCCUGAAGACACCGUCACCGUCGGACAGAGAGCCCUGAACUCCAUCCUGAACGCCACCAUCAUGAUCACCGUCAUCAUCGUCAUGACGCUGGUGCUGGUGCUGCUGUACAAGUACCGCUGCUACAAGGUGAUCCAGGGCUGGCUCUUCCUCUCCUCCCUCCUCCUGCUCUUCUUCUUCUCCUACAUCUACCUCAAGGAGGUUUUCAAGACCUACAACGUGGCCAUGGACUACUUCACCCUGGCCAUAAUCAUUUGGAAUUUCGGAGUGGUGGGCAUGAUUUGCAUUCACUGGAAAGGUCCUCUGCGGCUCCAGCAGGCCUACCUCAUCAUGAUCAGCGCCCUCAUGGCUCUGGUUUUCAUCAAGUACCUGCCCGAGUGGACCGCCUGGCUCAUAUUAGCCGUGAUCUCUGUCUACGAUCUGCUGGCGGUGCUUUGCCCCAAAGGGCCUCUGAGGAUCCUGGUGGAGACGGCGCAGGAGAGGAACGAGCCCAUCUUUCCCGCUCUCAUCUACUCCUCUACGAUGGUGUGGCUUGUCAACAUGGCCGACACCGAGUGGCCCAAAAGGAACUCGACAGAAGUGGCGCCGCCUCAAUUAGAAGCUCCAGAAGCCGUGGCGUCUCCGGCGCCCGCCGGUCUGUCGCAGGACGACGGAGGCUUCAACUCCAACUGGGUGAACCAGCAGGAGCACCAGCUGGGGCCGCUCAGCACCACGGAGCAGACCAGGCGGGAGGUCCAGGAGAUGCCCUCCACUCGCCCCCCCGUGGAGGACGAGGACGAGGAGGAGAGGGGUGUGAAGCUCGGCCUCGGAGACUUCAUCUUCUACAGCAUGCUGGUGGGAAAGGCCUCGGCCACGGCCAGCGGCGACUGGAACACCACGCUCGCGUGCUUCGUAGCCAUUCUCAUCGGCUUGUGUCUGACCCUGCUCCUCCUCGCCAUCUUCAAGAAGGCGCUCCCCGCUCUGCCCAUCUCCAUCUUCUUCGGCCUGGUCUUCUACUUCGCCACGGACAACUUGGUGCAGCCCUUCAUGGACAGGCUGGCGCUACACCAGUUCUACAUUUAGCAGGACGCUGCCCCGAUGACCUCCACCCGCACAGUCCUCCGGCCAACAACACAAGUGCGGCCCCUUCACAGCUGGGGGGGAACACAGGGGCGAGGCCCCCCCCACACCCCCUUCCUCAGAACUCACGAUGACGG